AUGGAUUUUUAUGCUGAAACUGAAACGAAGAGUGAAGAUUGGAACAAUGGUGUUUCAACUUUGGUUUCUCGCAUAGACUGGGAUUUGCUUUUUGAGUUGAUUGUACAAAUUGCCACGAGGAAUACAGAACACUGCGUAAGGCUACAAGCAGUGUCCAUUAUGAAUGUCAUUGUAAUGAAAAGUAAUGCCUUUAUGGAGAGGGAAAAGUUUGGCCGGACACUGGUGUUUGAAUUCAUAGCAAAAUUGCUUGCAAAGGAAGCUGGUUUUGAGCUUAUUGGUCUUUGCUUAAUUGAAGGUCCUAAAAUACUGGUCAAAUUCUGUGCCGGUUAUGAACAGGAGAAGGAUGUUGGUGCUAUGGAUGAAAAUGCAGAUGCUUUGACUUUUGAAAAGUACUGUAUGAUUUUUCAAGGAUUGGCAGACUGUCUAGCUUGCCGUGGACACUGUCUAGAGGAGUUGAUACUUUGCCGGAAUGCUGUUCUUUUACUGGCUUUCCUAGCCUCAUCUGGAAAAUCGGGCUUUGAAAUAAUUGCGACUCACAAGCUGCUUCAAGAUGCAAACUUUCUGAUGUUAAUAUUACAAGUUUUGGCAGCAGAAGUAGAUCAGACAGCUGUUAAGACGGAGCAACAACAACUGCUAUACAAAGAAAGGACCUUGCUGAUAAGGGAGGCCCUGAUAUUGCUCAACAGAUUGGCUUCAAACCCGUCAUAUUCUGCAACUGUCUUGCGUGUACUAACAAGCAGCAGAGACAUGGCCAGUUUGGCUAUUGAUGUUGCAAGCAGGUUGUCCCGGAAAGACCAGAUAUAUGAGAAGGUUGAUAGCAGGCCUGAAUCUGAUAUUGGUGACCUUGCUCGAGUCUUUAAGAAAAGGGUGUUCACAUAUUUAGGUGAUAACAUAUCUUAA